AUGCUCUUAUCUUUUUGAAGUGAAUCCAAGUGAAUUAUGCCUUUCCUUUUUCAAGAUCUCCACGAUUCAUUCGGCCUUUAUGACUUUCCUUUCAAUCCACUGUCCUCUUUCUCAAUGGUGACCCCCUUUUUUUUUACAUAGACAAAAGAAGCCCUAAAUUUCCAGCCAUCAAAGGACGAUUUGGCCUAAAAGGCUUCUAAUUUUUAUUUGCCUGUAGAAGGAUGAGAGAGUUGGGGCUGAGAAAAUGGCAGUCUCUCUCUCUUGCUGCUGCUUUCUUCAUCGUCCUGAUUUGCAUCCUUCUGUUUCACUCUUCUGAUUUUGUUCGAAGUGGUAAUCGGAGAAGGAUUUUGCUUAAGCCACCAGCUUCCCUCUCAGAAAGAGAAAAAUGGGAUCAAGUUCUGAGGAAAGCGACCAUGCCAGACAGAACAGUGAUACUCACAAUGCUAGAUGAAGCAUGGGCAAGCCCUGGAUCUAUCAUUGACGUUUUCCUACGAAGUUUCAAAGUCGGGGAAGGGACGGAGAGGUUUUUGAAUCACUUGGUAAUCAUACCCAUGGACUCAAAAGCACUUAACUACUGCAGAUCCUUGCAUCCCUAUUGCUUCUAUCCAUCCAUCUUUUCUCAUAAUCUUCGCUUCAUUGCACAAUCUAGAAACCCAAACCACAAUGUGUUCAUUUGGAAAAGAAACUACGUCCUGCUCCAAGUUCUUGAACUGGGUUACAACAUAAUCUUCACGGAUGCAGAUGUAAUGUGGCUCAGAAGUCCACUCUUACAAUUUCAUCCCCAAAAUGAACUCACAAUAUCAUGUGAUUUCUCAAGUUAUAAACGAAGAGGAGGUGACGUGCAAGGUGGGGGACUUUUCUUCCUGAAAUCAACUGCGAUAUCAAUCGAAUUCUUCAAGUACUUCAAUUUCAUGAAGGUUCUAUAUCCAAACUCACGUGUCAACAAGUCCCUCUGUUCGUAUAUUGUGCAGAGUGAAGACGUAGUUGCAGCGUAUGGCUUUCGAGUUCAGUAUGUGAAUACAACUUAUUUCGGUGAAUUCUGCCACCUUGACAAGUAUCAGUUUAGGGAGGUUUAUAGCAUGCAUGCCAAUUGUUGUGAAGAUCUUAGGAGUAAAGUUUAUGACCUGAAGCUUGCUCUCCAUGAUUGGGCCCGCUUCAGAGCACAUUCAUCAGAUAAUUAUACUUCGAAGCCUACGCCUUUCAGGUGGAGAGCUCCAAAUAAGUGUCUGGCAUCACGACAUGAAUAAUUACCCCUAGAUAUUUGCUUCCCAAAGCUUGUCCUUUGCUCUGUUAAUAAAUGCCAGCAUAUAGUUGCAAUUUGCAAAGAAAUAACUUCAAAAUAUGAACAAUGUUUUUUUUUUUUAAACUAAAUCUUAGAUGUGGAUGCUAGACCAUGGCAUUGCAAACAUAGAAAUUGCUGCUUCGUAAAUGAUGAGCUAGUGACAGGAAAUGGUAUCGGCCAUAUUGUUCAUGGU